AUGUUAUCAGAAAGACGUCAUCAGCAAAGCGUAAAUGGUGAGGCUGCCGACCGUCAAACCUUCACUCCCAUGUCGUCCCAUUCCAGCUUUCGCGUUGCGUUCUUGAGGGUGGCAGUGAAUAUUUUAGAUUGGACCUGGCCGACUACCACCUCUUCCGACCGCUUCAGCAUCAGAAGCGAAGAACAAGAGAAGCGCUACGAUGAUCGUGACCACCUCGAAAAUGACCUUCGGGCUUUCUUCGCCUCCAGGUCGCCGGAGUUCUACGCUAACGGAAUCCAUGAUCUUGUGAGACCUUGGCAGAAGGUUGUCGAUGUUGAUGGAGAUUAUUUCCUCGAAUAA